UCCAAGUUGGUAUGCUCUGCUAUACUGGGGGUUUCCAUUUGUGUAGCUGCUCUAGCGGCAAUCUGAUGCUGGCGUCGUGCGCGCGCGGGCCACGCCGUGGGAAAAGGCCCCCAUCAAGACAGCAGCACAUUACGAAGAAAACGAUCGCCUAGCAAAGCAGUCUCCUGAAACAUCGGUUUCUAGCGCCCCAUAGGUAGUGAUUGGCCAACAUGCUCGUCUAGUGGUGUGGUAGCCAGUCGGAGACAAUUCAGCCACGCGCUAGAUGGUGGUCUCUGUCGGCGCCAAAUGCUGUUCUUUCAGCCACCUUGAGCAAACAUUGUGACACCUAUUCCGCUUUGGGAUGGUUACGUUCUUUACUGUCUUCUAUUGGACAGAACACCUGAUGAGAGCCUGAUUUUGUCCAUUCAUUGGCGCCACGCAGGGGACAGGCUAGUGUCAACCUUGCGUGGUGAGAAUGGAAGUUGGAACUCCGUUUCGGCCAAUGACUGCGGCCACCCACAUUCCAAGCACUACUGACAGCUGUCUUUUUUGGGUUUCGAGUUUUGCAAAGACCUCAUGCAAUAGGCUUCGUAAUGGUGAGUGGCUUACGGUGUCUGUUUUGCAGCAAAAAGGCGUGGCCAGUGGGCCGACUCCCGCCUAGAAGGUUCGCCGCAAACACAUAUCCCAGAUCACACACCAAGUGUGCGCUGAUCAUGUACUGUACCGGCAGCCACAUUCAUACGAGUACAGGAAACCUGUCCGACUGGAAUCCAAUGUGGGGUUUGAUUGCCCCUAACUGCCCUUGUCAGCCCUGUCAAGUCAUUCGCUGGCACGCUCUGUAUAGUACAUCGCCCAUUGUCCAUCUGGUAGGGCAAUCCCCCUGGUCUCGGCUGGUUACUGUCAAGCACUUCGAUUUGAUCCCGGUGGCGCUAUUCACUCCACUUACAUCCAUUCAUACAGUCUGACUCUUCGAGGUACUGUACUUGGCUUGAAAUCUAACAAUAGGCAGGGACCUAACCUGGUCACGCCGCCCACCACCUUUGCACCCUGCCCUGCCCUGCUCAGACUUGAAUGGUGCUGUUGUCGCUUCCCUAUAUCGCGGUUUCAUGGCUUGCUCCGAUACUCGUCCAAGAUUGUGGCAUCCAUCCCAUCCUAUCCCCAGAUCAUAAAAGGACCCAUCCUUCCUCGCUUCCCUACCCAUCGUUUCCCCAGCAAGCGGCCUUCAUCGUCUUCAUCGACUUCACAUCCCCAACCUAUCUCCUCUCCGUUAUAAAGAAACCUCGAAUUAUUCUUUCACUUCAUCACCAUGAUCGACCACAACGACAUGGCCCCUCCUGACGACACCAUCCAGGCUGUUUUCCACAGUCUGCUCCAGAGCUUCUCCGCUGCCCAGCUCCAUUCCAUCAUUGAUGACACUGCAGUCAACACGCCCCAAUACCCUUAUCCCGUUGGCAUGCAAACACCUCCCCCGUAUCCUGGUGAAGCCACAGAGUCUCUUUACACUAGCUCGCCUGGUUUCGUCGCUGGUGACCGCCCUACUUCCCUUUCACCCUCUCCCAGACUUCGGCAAAGACAGCGCCGCCGUUCGUCAAAUAACCGGCGCCAAGCUGUUCCACGAUCCACUCCAGAACAGCCUGCUCUUCCGCUCGCCGAUCGUGACCGCAGAUAUCUCUGCGGAUACUGCCAGGAACAAGGCAUCCACAAAGCCUGUACUCGCCGAAACGACCUCAAACGACACAUUGGCCAGUUCCACCUUAUCAAGAAGAACAAUGUCGAUAGGCUCUUCUUAUGCUCCUAUCCCACUUGUGGCAUGGUCUUUGACUUUCCCAGCGCUCAUGCCAACCACGUCAAGGAGUACCACAGCGAAGAUGGCAAGGAAAGUCAAGAGGGCAUUGCCGGAACCAUCACCUGCUGCACUCGCACCGUUUUUGGUUGUGGCUUUGAAGGUUGCAUGCUAGUUUUCGAGGCAGAAGACCCCAAUGACGUCGAAGUUUGCCUCGACCGCUACCUUCAACACGUCGUCAAGCACUACACAGACAUUGCCGUUGGCGACUGGACGUACUCCGCACGCAUCCGCAGCCUCCUCACACAAUCUUCCACUGCUGAAGCGUGGCUCAGAUAUACCCAAACACACAACGAACUUCUCAGCUGGGAUCCUCAGGAAACGGUUGCGCUGCGCAAGAUCCUCGAGACGAGACACUUCAACGAUCCCGAAGAGGUGGUCCGAUAUGCCGUUGCCAAAAGUAUGGCGCACAUUGACAGUUUCAAUGGCCCCGAACUUCACUAUCCCAUCUUAAGUCAAUGCAGUGCCUGCAACCCGCCUCUCGCUACUACAUCGUCUCCUCAUCUCCCAGAGAGUAUUCCUGAACCGAUGUCAAUGUUUGUUCACCAAUACCCUGACACAGCAAGACAUCAUAGCCACGGCGGAAGUCCUCCUCAGCCUCCUCUACAGCAGUCUUUCCAAGCCAUGUACUUGCCACACAACCAAGUGGGCUCCGAAACUUACCUGUACACAGGCUCCCCGAUGCUUGGGGGAGAAUCGCCCAUGGUCAACGGCAACGCCUACUUCACAAUGCCUGCAUCAAGUGACUUGGUUUGAGAAUGGGAUCAAAUAAAGGUCGUGGAGUCUCCUGUCCUUCUCGAAAUUCUAUGGUUUGUGCCGUACUCAACCCGCCAAUAGAUUUAUUGGUGAUUAAAGGUGGCACAGAGUUCUCCACGAAUCGAAUGCAACUCAACCUAAGGCGAUGCUUUUAUGAUUAUAUCCCCUAAUGUUUAGACAAAUAGAUUUCUUUUUAAUGUUAGCUAUAAUGUUUCAAUUUAUGCUCGAAUUUCAAUCUCUAAUAA